UCUCGUAUCUGUUUGGUUGCAAAAUCUCCUCUAGUUUUCUCUUUCUCUCUCUCUCCUCGUUCGUCGCCGUCGCUGAUCCAGUUGAUUCAUAUUCCGCGGGUCGAUUGGUGUUAGUUUUGAUCUAAUGGCUGGAGGAGGAAUUAUCCAGCAGCUUCUGAGGAGGAAACUUCACUCCCCUUCAGUGGCGGCUCCGGUCCUGUCAUGGUUUUCUUCGAAGAAAGCUCAGGAGGAUGCUUCGUCUGCUGGUGUUAGAGCUCUGUUACUGAUGGGUGCUGGUGUGACGGGAUUACUGAGUUUUUCAACAGUAGCGUCCGCUGAUGAGGCUGAACAUGGUUUGGAGUCUCCGAACUACCCUUGGCCCCAUGAUGGCAUCCUAAGCUCAUAUGAUCAUGCUUCGAUCCGACGUGGGCACCAAGUUUACCAGCAAGUCUGUGCAUCUUGUCACUCAAUGUCUCUGAUCUCGUACAGAGAUUUGGUGGGUGUUGCCUACACAGAGGAAGAAGCAAAAGCAAUUGCAGCUGAAAUUGAGGUUGAAGAUGGACCUAAUGAUGAGGGUGAGAUGUUUAGUCGUCCCGGUAAGCUCAGUGACUGGUUUCCUCAGCCAUACUCGAACGAAGCAGCUGCAAGGUUUGCUAAUGGAGGAGCAUAUCCUCCAGAUCUAAGUCUUAUAACCAAGGCACGCCACAAUGGCCAGAAUUAUGUCUUUGCUCUUCUGACUGGUUACCGUGACCCGCCUGCUGGUGUUUCGAUAAGAGAUGGUUUACACUACAAUCCUUAUUUCCCUGGGGGAGCAAUUGCUAUGCCCAAAAUGCUCAACGAUGAAGCUGUGGAGUACGAAGAUGGUCCCCCUGCCACAGAAGCUCAGAUGGGUAAAGAUGUUGUAUCAUUCUUGGCAUGGGCAGCUGAACCAGAAAUGGAAGAGAGGAAAUUGAUGGGAUUCAAAUGGAUAUUCCUACUGUCGCUUGCUCUGCUCCAAGCUGCGUAUUACAGGAGACUGAAGUGGUCGGUUCUCAAAUCCAGGAAGCUGGUCCUCGACGUUGUGAACUGAAUAAAAGCUUUGAACGUUUGUUCGCACAGAUGCCCUGUCAAAGUCAAAUAGAAGAGGAGCCCAUUUGGUCAGGUAAUAAUAACAUUCCUGUUUGUUUUUGCCCAAUUCGCAAUUUGAGAGCUGUAUUAUCAGAUUAGGGAGGAAAAAAUGGAAUAAAAGCUUUAUUUUUACCUUCAUAUAUAAGUUAUAACCCUUGAUUUUUAUAUUAUUUUGAUUGUUGUCA